AUGGUGUCGACGAGACAGAUGAGUAGUAUCGGAGGCGGUAACGGGAGUACCGAUGGCCCUGGCCCAUCUCACGCAGAGCCAGUAACCGUGGCGCGAGUAACACGCCAUUCCAGUGCCUUACUCCCUGGGGGCUCCUCGCCGCACAGUGCUUCCAACAAAAAUAUAGUCCCGGCACCUAAAACAAAUUCUACUACUUUGCUCGAUUUACCUAUAGAAAUUUUAGAAAAGAUAUUUCGGUAUUUGGGAUUCAAAAGUGUCUCCCAUCUUAGAAUGGUUAAUCGCCAAUUCAAUACUGUUUGUAGUAGUAUUCUGAAUUCAACAUUUCAACGGCUACAAAAUCAAAUGCUACAUCGAUUCCAAGCAAUCAAAGCUAAAAUGCCUCGUAGAGAGUCAGCUAGGCGAAGUCAUCCGCUGGCAUGUGAAUCAGAUAUUAUAGAAACUUUACACAUGAGAUUAAGCUUAUUGCAAAUGACAUUUGGCAAACACAUUGAAAGGAAACACUGUUGUUUUUUUCCUGGAGAGAUCCUUGAUGAGGUUUACAGUAUCUUAUCUUACUUGAAAACAGCAACAAAAUUAGCAAGACCUUAUAAAGUAACAGAUGAGCUUUUCGAUUUAACCACAAUGGCAAUGGAGUAUUUUAAGGAGCAUAUUGAACCUAACUUGCCUGAAAUUACAUAUUUUGGCACAGAUUUCUUUGACAUUACAACUGCUUUUUCACCGGGUGAGAGCAGUAAAUCGUAUAUAUGCCUGGACUCUCCGCCGCCCAGCGGUUUCGAGUCUUCGUCGCAGCAGGCGGCGUCUACGUCAGAGCGACGCGUGUCCUCUCUCAACAUGUACAUGGAAGAGAGCCUGCCGCCCUCCCCGCCGCCGCCGCAGAGCAACAUGGUCCUGAGGAAACGGAUACACCGUAUUAAACAGGGCAUGAAGAAGUACAACGACCAGUUAUCGGCAUUAAGGAGUGAUCUUCGGAGUUGUAAACGUAAGACAGCUCUUCAACAAAAACAAAUUGCCGAGCAACAAAAACAGAUUGCAGAGCAACAGAAACAAACUUUAGAGUAUGCUAAUCGGUUAGAUGACUACGACAAAAAGAAUGAGGAGACAAGCCGCAAGUUUCAAACUUUAUUACAAGAGCUAAACAAAUGUAAGACAGAGCUUCAGUACUGGCGCUCUCGGUCACCGGCUGUACCUCCACUAUGCGCCGAGUGCGGCGCCUCGCUCCGUCUCUCUCCGGCGCUGGCGCAGUGGGCCGCGGGCGCGAGCGCGGAGGCGGGUGCGGAGGCGGCGGCGGGCUGCAGCGGCGAGCCCGUGGACACGCCCACCGACACGCCCACCGACAAGCCGGAGCCCGGCGCCGCGCACACGCCGCCCGCGCGCCGCCGCGCCUCCGCCGACGCGCCCAGCACGCCCGACCGCAAGCGGCGCCGCCUCACGCGCCCGCGCAAGCUCUGAGGGGCGACCCGCUCGCUGUUUCACUUUGUAGGUAAACUGUUGCUGUUGAUUCGAAUAAAAAGUAUUCGACGAAUUGA